AUGGGGCUCGGGGAGUGGACGGCCGACAAGGAGGCGGGGUACAAUCUGAAGAACCCCGGGCUCAGGGACACCGCAACGGUGCUGUUCCAGGAUACCGGGGACAAGGUCGGAUGGGUGGCCCUCCGCUUCGUCGCAAGCAACCCAGGCGUCUGGCCGCUGCACUGCCACAUCGCCCCGCACGCGUACAUGGGCCAGGCCGUCAACCUCGUCGUGGCCCCAGAAAAAAUCGGGGCGCCCCCCAAGAACAUGCCCAAGUGCCCCAAAACCUGCACCUACCAGAUGGCGCAGUGGACGACCCCGCUUACGCAGAAGGCCUGGGGCGGCAACAAGCUGCUUGCGCCACCCAAGGCCAACGGGGCGCCCUACGGCGCCGUGCCGUCCGAGGGGCGCUGA